AUGGUCAAGAAUGAUGGAGGCUCGGGGGUUGGAAAUCAGGGGCGCCUUCGGGGAAAGGGGAGGGAGCUGCAGAGCUGGAGGAGGCUGGAUCUCUCCAGGGGGGCCCUGCUCCUUCUGCGCGCCGCUUGCGUUGCGGGAGGCUGGAGACGCUCCAGCGCCGGGCAGGUGCGGGUCCGAGCAGGUCGUCGACCGGCCCCUGCGCCAGGUUCUCUUUCCCCGAAGCCGUCGCCAGCGUGUGGAGCCUGCCCCACACCUGCGCCCUGCCAAGCCACGGCCUUCACCUGCGUGUUCCAGUGUUUCCCCUGCGACCCGUCUUGUGGGAGCGCCUCGUGGGCCACCCCCGAGUUCACCCAGCGCUCCGUGGCUCCAAUGGUGAAGAUGACACGGUCCAAGACGUUCCAAGCUUACCUGCCUUCCUGCCACAGAACCUACAGCUGCAUCCAUUGCAGAGCCCACCUGGCAAACCACGAUGAACUCAUUUCCAAGUCUUUUCAAGGAAGCCAGGGCCGGGCCUAUCUCUUCAAUUCAGUAGUUAAUGUGGGCUGUGGCCCUGCAGAAGAACGGGUUUUGCUAACAGGACUGCAUGCGGUUGCUGACAUUUACUGUGAAAACUGCAAAACCACGCUGGGCUGGAAAUACGAACACGCGUUUGAAAGCAGUCAAAAGUAUAAGGAAGGCAAAUACAUCAUUGAAUUAGCUCACAUGAUCAAGGACAACGGCUGGGAUUGAAUGGCGAGGAGACGCACGCCGAACACGGGCGAGAGAGAGAGGGAGUUUGUCAUCCUACCGAACAUUUUAUCUCCCGGAAAACCCCACACAUAUAUAUAUGAGCGAGUGACUGACAACCGUUUGGUUCCGUGCGUUUGGGGGCUUGUCGUCGUCAUCGUCGUGUUGAGAUGCUUCCUCACAGAACCCUUCCUGCCAUCCUUAGCGGUGACUGGCCUCGAUAACUUCUGUCUCUCUUUGCUUUUGUCUCUUGUUUGUGAGUUGACUUCUGGUCCCCUUCCUCCUCCCCCACUCCCCUGCCCAGCUCCCUUACUCCUCUGUGUUCUGGCAUUGGGGGUGCGUAUAGAUGUAAGGAGGACUCAAACUCGGUGCCCCCCAAAACCGUUUCCUAAGUGACAUUGUCUCAGUACAAACUGGAGGUUGGUUUUGGGGUGGUGUGUGUGUGUUUUUUUUAAUCCAAGGAUCCCGGCACGAGGGAAGGAGUGCUGGGUCUUCAGACGUCGGGCGGGAGAGUUGCAUCGCCCCUACCCCUUUCCCCGCUUGGCCUUUUAAAAAAAUUCCUGGUCAACCAUGGCUUGAAACUUGUGGACCGCAGAAAAAAAUAUAUAUACCUCAUGGCUGUAUCCUCUCUGCAUCUCAAAGACUGUAGCCUAAAAACUCGUCGCUAGUGGCAUCCCCAGACUGGUCUGUGUUCCUCGUUUGAUUGCUUGUUUCUUUUUUAAGUGAUCUCUUUGGAUUUUCGUCUUUUUCGUACUAAUGUUUGAUUUGAGAGGAGGGUGUGUAAACACAGGUCCCUGGCCUCCUGUUCCCCAGUGAACAAGCCCACCCAAACGCUGCGGUGCUGAUGUUGGGAGAUCGGAAACCCUUCGCCAUUUUCUUCCCACUACGUUGACACUUCCAAGUGCAGGAAGCGUGUCCCUCUUCAAAACUGAAUGGAGCGAAUACAUUUGAGGCGGGCGGGGGGGGGGCAAGGAGAACAAGGAGGUGGUGAUCUAUAUCCUUAACAAAAUUGCUGGCAGUUUUGCAGCCUCCUGACUGCUUGAAUUUUUUUUGCGGGGAGGGGGGCUGACUGGUCUCACUAGGAUGAUGGAAACAAGCCUGGAUCGCUUCUGCAGAUGAUAAGUUGGACGACCUGCACUUGUGCUGUUAAGUGUGACUCUUAAAAAGAACAAAAACACAACAGGGGUGGUGGACUCAGGCACUAACAAAUGUUUCAGAGCCUAAGUGUGUGUUAAGUUCUGGUUCAGCAGUGGGGGGGGGUGUGAGUGUUUUGAACAGAGGCAGCUCUGAAAGAAGCAGAGGACUCUUAAAAACCUCCAGGUGGAGAACCCUGCAGCCUCCCCAGGUGCCGUUGGACUCCAGUUCUCAGCAGCCAGCAUGGCCCAAGGGUCAAGGAUGAUGGGAGUUGUAGUCUAGUGGCAUAUGGAGGGCCACAGUUUUCCUCUACUCUGUUAAGUAGUGUUCUCUACUCGGUGCGAGAGAUAGAGCAACGGCUCUGUAUAGAAGAGGGGAGAGUUCACAAACGAUGGCGGGUCAUUUUAGCCUGCCCAAAUCUGGGGCUACUGUCAAAAUUGUCCUUCCCAGUUGGGAAGGAAAGAUGCUGUCUUACUCCUGGUGUUGCACCAAGGUUGAGUGGCCAUCAGAAAGCAGCGGGGCCUCAGUUUCCCAAUGCAAGACCUGUGAGAAUCCUUGUCUGCCUCUCCCUCUCCACUAUAUUAGAAGAAAUUGCUUUCUCCAUUGGAUCUGGCUAAACAUGUUAACUGUCUGUUAAGAUUUGCAGGGUGUGUGUAGAAUAUUACUUGCCAAUGUUCUAUGUCGGGCCAGGGUUGUGCAUGGCAGAGGGGGGUAGCCUUCUUUUGAAUCACUCCUGUUUUGCUUCAAGGCCUCCCUCUGGUCAAGUUAAGGGGUCUUUUUUUGGGGGGGACACAUGGGGCCGCAAGGGGGGAGCUUUGAGAGCCCCCUGUUUUUUUGCAUUUCAGUGCAUUGUCAGUGAUACUGUGAAUUUGCAUUCUGCAUCAAAGUGACUCCGGUGUCUGACAAGUGAAGUCAGGCUGAAUUUGUACACAUCUAAAUGAAUUCCUUUCCAUCCUUCCCCCCUCGCUGCCUCUCUCUUUUUCUCAUUCCACCCUUGCUUUAUUGGUGGAAAUCUUCUCAUGUAGGUUAAUCUGCUCUGCAAAUCUGUUGCAAUCUGCUGGCAAGAAAGAGAUCCAGUAUAGCCCAUGGUGUGGGUUUUUGUUGUUGUUUAUUUUGGUCAGGGCAGGCGUUGAGAACCAUCCGGUCUUCAUGGCCUCCUGUUGGGAUUCCUUUUUCUGCGGCAGAAACUCAGGUUAGCAGCAGUGGGGGGGGGAUGCCCACUUGAGAGUGAUAAGCAAAGAGAAAAUUUGGGGCGAGGAGGAGGGAAUUAGGUUCAAUCACUAAUGUUUGCUGAUUAAUUGGCUCUGAUGGUGCAAGAGAAGCUCCCCCAUAAUCAUUCUUUGUAGCAAAACGCUUAAUUUCAGGGCACAGAUCUGUCUGUGGGGCAAGAUCCAUGAAUUGCUGCCUUUGCAGAUGAAAGGAUAAGCAGGAGUCUUGAUACAUCUCCACACCACCUGUUUACAUGCUACUCCUAAUAACAGUGCAAUACCCAGCUUGGACCUGGGAAGUCCAGUCUCUCAAAAUCCAAGCCUGUUCCACUACAAGCGAUGUUGUUUACCUGAUAGGACACCCCAUUUUUAUUGUGUGGCUGCAGCCCAUUCCCCUCUCUUAAACCAUUUGAUAUCGGAAGCACCCUUUUGGCCUGUCCCUUCUGAGAUCUAGUUUCAGUCUUCCUGCUCUGCUAAAACAUUAACCUCAAGUGCUUCUUAACUUUUGCUAGAUUUUGCUGCUAAAUCACCCAUCACCUGCUCUUAGAGUACAGACUCGUGUGACAGCGUUUUGUGUUUGGUAAUGGAAGGGGGAAAGCAAAAGUAGGUGCCCUAAACUACUUGUGGGGAACCUGAGGCCUUCUUGGACGUUGUUGGACUCCCAUCGUCCCUCACCAUUGGCCAUGCUGGCCGCUGGGGCUGCUGGGAGUUCGAAGCCCAUCAGCAUCCUGAUGCCCUCCCCCCGGUGAUUUUGAGUUUAUGCUCAAAAACACUGUGUUCUGAAUCAAUGGCUUUUGGAAAUUUGAUUUCUCUCUUUUUACAGCAUGACCAAAGAACUUGGCUAAUUUUUUUUGUCCCCAAGUUAGUUGAUAGGUACCAUAUUUUCCUGAUGGGUAGCAGACUGCAGAGGUCAGCCGUUGUCUCCGGGGGGGGGGGGGGAUUAAAAACAAACAUUAAGCAAUGAGAGUUGAAGUUAUCUCCUGAUCAUGAGGGCUAGAACCAUGGCCAUUCCCCCCUGAAUCCUACAGGUUGUAGGUGGAAACACCGUCCCUGUCUCAUAGUGAGUUCCCCUUGGCUGAUGGAAAUAAUAGAUCUUGAAUUAUAUCCCUCUGACUUGCAGAAUUUGAUAGGGUUAUUCCUCCCCUUGCCCAUUCCACUUGGUUCUUCCCUUUCGGUUCCUGGAUCAUAUAAAAAUGACACCCUGAUUAUAAUAUCUACAUACCAUACAAGGCAGUAGCAUAUGUACUUUUUAUGUUAAUAAUGUUGAAUUUUAAAAAAUAAUAUAUAUGUGGUCUUUUACACCCCGCCGGCCCCCCCACCAAACCACUUUUGCGUGUUACAGUUUUGGAUUUUUCUAAACUUUUAUUCUCUCUCUGUCUUGCAAACUAUUAUUUAAAGGGAAAUAAUGCAGAUGUUAGGCAGAUGUUUGUUAGCAGGGAGUUGCGUUCAAAUCAAACAAGACCUUAAGAAAUGCAGGGCAGGGAGGAAACUAAAAUACAGCCAGUUUUCGUGGUUAAUGAGAAGCCCAUUGGAACGUCUGGAGGCAAGGAUUCACUUUUAAGUAUAUAAAUAAAUUCAGGGAUGCGCGGUAAUUCACACUCUUGAAUGUAGACAGAGACAGAUGUUGAAAUAAUUCCUUGUCUUGGGACUUCCAUUUGAGUGUAUGUAGAUUGCUCCUGAUAAUCUCAGUGAGUGCCGUUCAAUGGCUUACGCUAUGCUGCUAACUUUUGCAUGAUGUUGUUUUAAAUCUUGUGCCUUUUCGUCUUUUCAAAGUCUCUGUCUUUGGAGCACCCUCAUCGUUGUCCCAGAGAGAAGUGUGGAAAACAUGUUUGUACGAUACAAUAAUUGGGGUGUUCAGAUUUGAAUCAGGGGAACAUGUUUUCAAGUCGGGCACUCAAGUGUCAAAGAGCUCCCUGAAUCUCUUCAGGAAAAGCCAUCUUUCAGUGUUCUUGUUAGGAUAAAAUGGGAACAGACCCUCAUAUAUAUUUGUCAAGGCAGGGCCAAAUGUAGUGUCAGAAGAAAGAGAUAUAAUUCUAACUCCAUUAACAUAAGCUGGACUUUCAUUGAUUUCAGUUGGGACGUGACUUGUACCUACAUCUGAAGGGGGUGGCAUUUGUCACGGCUAAAGCGCAAGGUAGACAAAACCAGAUGUUGAGCUAUACUUAGAAGCAAGGAAGUUUAGGUUGUGGUUUGGAAGGAUUUAAAUAGCACCAGGCUGUCUAGUCUUUUGUGUCCGGGGUUGAUAACGGCGGGGUGUUAGACGGAAGCCUCUGUUUGGGAAAUCUCUCAAGACUUACUGGGUUUGUCUGCUUCCUUAAAGUAGAUUCCUGAGCUACUCUAUGACUGUUUUCUAGUUUCUGAGCUGCCUGAUCUUCUUGUCAAGGGACACCCUAGGAACACCUCAGCCGCUGCAAAGCUGUGGCCUGGGCCUUAGGCCAUAUCUGCACCAUACAUUUAAAGCUCUGUGGUACCCCUUUAGGCAGUCAUGGCUUCCCCCAAUGAAUUCUGGGAGCCUUAGUUUGUCAUGGGUACUGAGAGCGGUUAGGAAGGCCCCCCUAUUCCCCACUCAGAACUACAGUUCCCAGAGUUCCCUGGGAAGAGGGAUCGGUUGCCAUAUUUCAAAAAGUAAAAUUCCUGACACCCGCAAAGUUGUGAGCUUUUUGGGGGGGAAACAAAAAUUGCACAGCCUAAGUUCUGGGCACUGUGUGAAAUCGCAACCCCCACAAAAACACAUUUUGCGGGAGAAAUCAUGCCGCGAGAUCACAGCAACCCAAAUGGCCACUGUUCUCUUACAAUAAGAAACAGAGUUUCCCUCCCCCCCCCCCCGGGACACUUGAGGGGUAUGUUAAAAUGUUAUAACUGCUUUUAAAUGCUGGGUGCGGAUGUGGCCUUGGCCUAGCUGAGACCCUUAUCUGGACCUGGGAACAGUUCUUGAAAGACACUGUCUUCUUUCCUCCUUUCUGGCGUUGUAGGCUAACAUGAGCAGUUCUCUAUCCAAACAGGGGUGGAUUAGUUUGUCGUUCCCUUCAACUUGAUUGACAGCCUAGGGAACAUCAAUGGCUCUCCGGACGCGGCUAGUGGUGUUGGGGGUGAAGGGAGUUUUUGUCCAUCAACAUCUCUCUCCCCUCUAUCCCUGCCAUCAGUGGGAGCAGCCACAACCAGUGAAACCACCCUCUCCACUGCCCCGGAGAAGCCCAUCUCUUGUGUGUCUCUGCAUGAGUCCGCGUUCAGCAUGUGCCUCCCCUACCGCAAGAGAGGUGCAACAGGCACCCCAUUCAUUGGACUCGCCGGGUCUUAAUUUCUCGCACCGCCCCAGACUUUCCCUCUGGACGCAUUAGCUAGGUUCCGCUGCACGAUGCAGGAAUGAUUUCGUAUCGAAACUUGUCUAUGAUUUAUUUAUUUCGUUAUAUGUUUACCGUGGAGGGGCGGGAGGGAGGUACCAUUUAGAUUUUCUUGCCUUAGGCACCACCAAAUGUAUUGGGCCACCUCUGUCUAUAUGUCUGUAUGUAGAGACUUCCUCUGAACCAGACCAAAGAAUCAAUUUCAGAGCUUGUUCAUUGCCUCCGGAGUCACUAUAGCACUAGCAAUGGCCGUGCUCUGUUCACAACAAGAAGUAGCUCGUGAAUCUCUGCUGCCGGAUUUCCGUAAAUCUCUGUUUUACCAGGUGAACCAUCUAAUUCAGUAAGGUGAAUAAUAUGGAAACUGUCUUCUAGAAUGAGGCUUCAAGUGGCAGGCAGCAUAGCAAGGCAAGUGAGUUGACAACAUAGAUUGUCCUUUUUUUAAAUAAUAAUAUCUCCAAACAGCACAAGCUGCUUCCUGUCCUGUUCUUUAGCCACCGGUCUCUGUAAUGUAAGCAGGCCUCCUGUUUUAGGUUUUUGGGGUGUGCGGCAGCAGAUAUUGUCUAGGGUUGCCACCUUUUUUUUAACAGCACCCUCACACACAAAUUUGCAGGCAGAGCAAAAUUUCUCAGCAUGGGGAGGAACUAGUGAGGGGGGGUCUUUUUCCUCCCCUCCUGUGACAUCUCAGUGGCUCUAUUUAGCUGUCAUUUAAAGGAGCAGGGUCAGAAAGAAAAGGUGGCAACCUCUGAUUCUUUCUGUUUAGGCCCUCCAGCUGUUUUGGGACUACAACUCCCAUCAUCCCUAGCUAACAGGACCAGUGGUCAGGGGUGAUGGGAAUUGUAGUCCCAAAACAGCUGGAGGGCCAAGUUUGGCCAUCACUGUUCUAGAUUCUGGCGACAUGUUUACAUCUCUGGCGUUAAUGGGUCUCUUAUUUUUUUCCGUCGCUGUUAAGUCUUUCCUUUUACCCCAGUUUUGAUUGCUCUAUAAAUCUCCCAAGUGGACCAACAGCACAAAUGAUUGGAUUGCGCUUUGGCAAUAUGACUCUUUGGCAGUGUGCUUGAUCAAUGCUGCAUGUGCUUCAUUUCUCCACACGCCCUGCCCCUUCCCAUAAAACUUUCUGGUGCACACACAUUUUAAACGACAAAACAAGCAGGUGAAAUCUCUUGUUCCUCGUGUUCGCGUAUUGGUUUGUUUGUUUUUUAUUCCUGUGUGUAUGUCUGUGUUUUUGGACUGAGAUAAUUAUGUAUUAAAUAUACAUUUCAUAGUAUCAUUUCAAAGAUGAGGAAGAAUCGCACUUCCCACCACACACACAACCCAGCUUUGCAUCGCUCAUGAUGAAAGAAAUGAAUGAGUAGCUGAAGAAAUGCUUUACCUGUCUGAGAGAAAACCGGGGAGUGGAAUGUUCUGGAAUAUUUGUUUGUGUGUUGACUUUCAGGAAUCUUUUUUUAAAAGAAAAAAGAAAAAGGAAGUUGAAUGCUGGGAAACGGUUGAAGAAGGAGAAAACAAAUGGUUUUUAACUUUAAAUUUUAAAAAAACCCUGCCCACUUAUCUGUGAGCAGAAUAGCAUUAUGGGUAAGAGACAAUGGGCACCUUGAUGCUUUCUUUAAAUGAAGCAACUAUUUUUCCAAUACCAGCCUGUCGUGUUGACGCCCUUGUGUUUACAAACUGUGUGUACAUAUUUCUUGGGUUUUUGUUUUAUUUGUAUUUUAUUUUUAUUGUUUGGCAUAUUCUUCAGGUCGUUUUUUUGCUUCAGUAAUAAAUGUUUUUAAUUGUUUGGGGGUUUUCUUUUUUCUUUUUUUGGGGGGGGUCUUCACCUCGUCAUGUCCUUUGUAUAAUUGUACAUAGUACUUCAGUAUUAGAAGGAAGGAAGCAUUUGUUGACCUAUUUACGAUAUGUGUUGGUGCUCAUUUGGAAGAGAAAAAAAAUAAAAUAAAAGUUUUCCAAUAUUAAAAAGCCA